CGAUCGGCGAGCAAGCAAGUCGCUGCGUUUUCGGCGAGAGGAAUUUCUCAAGGAGGCUGGCGCACACUCUUCAUCUUGAGCCGGAAGCGAAUGCUUGCGGCAGAAAACGCCUGUCCCGGUGCCCCGGUGGGUUUUAUGCAAACACCUCUCCGUAUCUUUUAUUUUUUUUAUGAAGCAAUAUCCAAAGCAACUACGCCGCUCCUUUUUGCAUCUUGUUACUUUUCGGCCGGCUUUCAAGUUGGAUGCGUCGGCGUGCGUUCGUGUGUGUGUCCACCUUCCCCGACAGCGAGUACAGGAAUGUGUACAUCAUGAUCCGAAGUCAUUCCUUUCUGAAUCGUGGCUUACGGCACCUCGUUCACACAAGCCCAGAACGGUCCGUGUCAGUGCACGAUGAGGUGACCUACCAGCCCCGGCGUCGACAAUGAGCGCACUAGAGGAAGCAUUCAAUGCCUCCGCGCUGCUCGUCACCACCGAAUCCCCCGGCGGGAAUGGCACGUUCGACGACUUCAUCACCGGAAACGGAACCACGAAUGGCACCAACGGCAGCAUCGCCGACGGCUUACCCGCUUCACCGUACUCCGUCGGUGAGAUCAUAGUGCUCGCUUCCCUGUCCGCCAUAGCCACCGUGCUCACCAUCAUCGGUAACUUGAUGGUCAUGGUGUCCUUCAAGAUGGACAAGCAGCUGCAGACCAUCAGCAACUACUUCCUCCUCAGCCUGGCCAUCGCAGACUUCUCCAUCGGCGUCAUCUCGAUGCCCCUCAUGACAAUGUACAUCCUCUACGGCUACUGGCCCAUAGGCGCGGUUGUGUGCGACACUUGGCUAGCGUUCGACUACAUGAACAGCAACGCGUCCGUGCUCAAUCUUCUAGUCAUCUGCUUCGACCGGUACUUUUCGGUCACGCGCCCGCUGACGUACCGAGCCAAUAGGACGCCCCAGAGAGCAGCCAUCAUGAUUGUUAUGGCUUGGAUCAUAUCAUUCCUGCUAUGGCCGCCGUGGAUAUUCGCUUGGCCGUACAUAGAAGGCCAGCGGACCGUCCCGGAAGAACACUGCUACAUACAGUUUCUGGAGACCAACGUCUACAUCACUUUCGGCACGGCAAUCGCCGCCUUCUACCUGCCCGUUUCGGUAAUGUGCGCCCUCUACUGGCGCAUCUGGCUGGAGACGGAGAAACGCAAAAAAGACCUGGGCAAGUUGCAGGAAGACCGCAAGAAGAGCGCCCGGCAGCGGAAGUCGACGUCGUCAAGCGUGGGUACCCUCGACUCGGAGGACUUUCGAAGCAGCGACUCCAGCAGGUCUCGGUCGCAGCUGACUUCUACGCUGACCCUCGCGACGUCCAAGAGCUCGCUUCCCGAGACGUCCAAGACGCAACAACUCCGCGACUUCCUGGUGUCCUUGCUUCACGUAGGAAACGGCAAGCAGCACGACGACGGCAAGAGUCACCGGAGCUCGCACGGCACCCUAACGCCGCCCACGGCCGAGACGUCUGUGGAGUCCGUGUCCACGUCAUACCACGAAGAACAUCUGGUGGAGUUCAACCCGUCCGGACAUCCUGGAAGUGACGAAGAGCGCGGCGUGGUCACACUGCCUACAUCCGCCCAAGGUGACCCUCCGUGCGACAAGAAGCCCGAAGAGGAGCCGACGUCGCCCGCUUCCGAUUCGGUAUACACGAUACCAGUCGAGGCAGUGACGCAGCCAUCUCCAAACGAGGAAUCGCCGCAGGCCGCAGCCGAGUCCAUCCCUGAAAAAGACACCGAACAGGCCGAGCACGUCGAUGGAAUGCAGCCUUCGGAGGAACCAAAGGCACUCGACGGUGUGGCGGCAGCCAAACAGCCGGCGGACCCCGGUGUGGAAUCUAUUAGAAGACCACUGACCGCCAGCGCGGUGCAACGCCAUGUGAAUGCCAAGCAGCUACCCGCGAAGAAGGCCAAGCAGCUACAGGACAAGAAGCAAGACAAGAAAGCUGCCAAGACGCUUAGCGCCAUCCUGUUGGCCUUCAUCAUCACCUGGACGCCGUACAACGUGCUGGUGCUGGUCAAGACUGUCUCUUCCGACGAAAACGCCAUUCCAGUGCACCUGUGGAACUUCGCCUACUACUUCUGCUACAUCAACAGCACGGUGAACCCACUGUGCUACGCUCUGUGCAAUGCCAACUUCCGUCAGACGUACCUCCGCAUUCUUACCUGCAAGUGGCGCAACAGGCGGCGAACGGCUUCCCGCCGGCCUUUCCUUUGAAAAGUGCUGGAAAUUUUGUGAGAUUAGGCGACCGUCCCCAUACGGCGAUCUACGGGCGACUCGCUUGUGUCAACUACCUCCUUUUGUGUGCUCCCUGAGCCUGUGGUACAAGCUGCGACCUUGGUGUCACUUUUGGAGUCUUGUCGUUGUGAUAUACGAUGGCCGACGGCGAACAUUUGUACUAAACGUACUAAACAGAGCACUUCACGUCCGCAACGGAUGAGGAUGUUUUUGCAUCGACUCACCUGGCGUGGUCUGAAGGUGAACAUUUUAUUACAAAAUCCGGCUUUUCGUAAAAAAAAU